AUAUUAUUUAUUUGUUAUUGAUAGGGAUUUAAAAUGUAAAUUUGUAUUAAAAAACGAUCGACAAUAACGUUAAGGUAUACGGUGGAGAAUUUGAUAUUUGUCCUUCGAGUAUUUUUAGACUCGCAGGCCAUUCAAUUACUUAAUCUAAGAAAUAAUCUCGUUUCAAGUUGCUUAUGACUGAAUGAACACGUUAUGAAGUCAUCAACAAUAAAUGUAAGCUGUUGUGUGACGCGAAAUAAAAACUUGAAAAUGUUCAGAGUAUUAUUUCGCAACCUCACGGGACGAAGACUGCAUCAUUAUCAUCGAAUAAACGAAUGAUAUAUGUAUUAUCAAGAAUGUUGGAUGUGUUUUUUAUUGUUUUAUUAUCACACGCAAAACGUCUCACACGUCAAAGUUUGCCAACUAUUAUAAUUAAACAUCGGCUCCGCGUAUUAUUUACUCGUACGUGUACGUGACAUGAUCGGAUUACACUUUCACGCGCUUCGUAUUUUAAUGGAUCGGCGACACGUUUCCGGGGCGAAGUAAAUUGAUACGUCUUUAAUAAUAUAUCGCACGCCAAGCAAGUACGUAAAUGUCCGAUUUGUCUGGUGCAACUCCCGUGACAGGUGUGCAUGUCCGACCAGCGGUAAUUACCCGUUACGCGCGGGUGUGUACGUACACAAUCACACAACUCUUGCAGAAGGAGUCAUCGCCAAUAGAACGCGAUGGGAUUUUCGCGAAACGCGGUGCGGAUCAUUGAACGGAGAUAUUGACGACGGCGGCGGUGACGUAGGUCGUAGAGGCCAACUAAAUCGCGAGCAUUCCUCGGGCAAUCAUUUAAUUUAUUAAUCGACGAGCGAAUGAGCCGCCAACUGUGCACUGAAGGCGGCGCCGGCGGCGGCGGCGAUGACUGCUAGGAGAGAGGGAAAAGACGGUGAUCAACACGAGCGGGCCAGACGGUAACCACCCGCCGCCUUUCGUCUUGGUACGUUUAUUUAUUUGAAUAUCAGCCAACAAAACAACACGGAAUCGUGGCGGCGUGGUCGCGCGUGCAUUUCCUGCGGCCCGCGUUGUACGCCGUCCGUACCACUGUUGUUGUACACGACGCGCGGUCGGCCGUGUGAGAGCGCUGCUGCUGUUGGCUGCCGCUGCUUCUGCCCGUGCCACUUGCCGCCGCCGCCGCCGCCGCCGCCGCCGCUGCCGCUGCCGCCGCUGCCGUUCCGGCGUGUUGUGGACGACGGACGACCGCGCAGGCAUGGACAUCCGUGGAGGACGUGACAGGCGGUCGGGUGACAGGCGUCCCUCCAGGGGCUCACGGACCCCGAAGCGACCGCAGAUGUCGACGGACGAACAUCAACGUCAACAACGGAUCGUCGUCGGCGCCCCUGAAACGAACUUGAACACUACUACUUCAUUUCCUGUCACGGCCGCCCCUUACAGAACGCCUUUAAGACUGCCCGCGCCGCUUCAGACAUAUGACAGGACGCCGAGACUGCCCGCGGCACUGCACACCACACACGACCGAACCAUGCGAUUGCCGGCGCCAUUGCAGACACAGCAGGACAGGACGCCUCCAAGACUACCUGCCCCACCGCCGCAGAUGCGUCAGGAAAGACCACCAAGAUUUCCAUCGCCAUCGCAGGACCAGGCUCGGCCAUUAUUGUCAACAACACCGUCGCCGCCGCCGCCACAGGAACAACCAUCUCGAUUGCCACCGCUAUGGACUGCGCCUGAGGAAUCCGUACGAGAAGCCGGUGAUGGAGUGGAAGACUGCGGUGAAGGAGCAGCUGCAGGAGGGAGCUACGUGGUGGACGAGACGGAGCUGCUGGCCAAACUUCGGUGUCCUAGCGAAAGCGCAGAGGUGGUCGCCGAACGAGAGAAACGACGGCAACGGAGACGGUGUCCCGACUAUCCCGGACUAGCGCUGUCCAGUUCCGUGUUCAGUACGGAAACCGGCAUGAAGUUCAGCAUAAUCAGGAACGAACUGCACAACGUGCUUAAACCGCAACUGAGACGGUUUAAUGUGUUUUUGAUUUCAAGUGUUACCCAAUGA